CGAGGCAUGAAGAGGAGGAACCACCCCGGCGGGCGGGCUGAGGCGGGUUCGGGCCCUCUGCGGCUGCGGACCGGCCGCCCCAUGCGGGCUCCGUCCCCCGCGGCCGCUCGCCGCCGCUGCCGCCCGCGCCGGGAUGGAGGCGCCGGGCAGCCGCCGGCGGCAGCUCCCCGUCCUGCUGCUCUGGGUUAAUGGUCUAAUGACGCUUGGAUUCGCAGGUGCACGUCAACAGACUGAGCUCUGCAAUGAAUCUCUCAUGUUAGAAAAGUUGCCUGCCUGUGGAAAAUCCUUUGAAGAGAUGAUGAAGAAAGUGGACUCAAAAAAGUGGUGCAACCUUACAGAAUUUAUCAUGUAUUAUGACAACUUUACCCAGUGCACAGAACGUGAAGCCAACAAUGCAAGUUGCUUUUGGCCAAACCCCCUUGCAGAAGGCUUUAUCACUGGAAUUCAUAAACAAUUCUUUUCAAACUGUACUUCAGAAAAGGUUCACUGGGAAGAUCCACCAGAUGAAAUUCUCAUAACACUGAUCUUGAUCCCAGUCAUGUUGACAUGUGCCAUGAUAACACUGGUAGUAUGGUGCAGCAAAAGAAGUGAUAUCUUAGUGUAAGUUCUUCCUCUGGGCUUUCUUUUCUUCAUUUCUUUCUUCCCUAAACACUAAGAAAGGAGGAUGAAGAGAGAAACAUGGCAUAAAGAUUUCAGAUCUGCUGAAAUGGAACCAGUGAGAUACUGAGCUGCUCCUGUGGAAUGAAGAGCUGCUGCUGCUGCUGCAUCACUGCUUCUCUCUUGACCAUGAGUAUUGCUGGUAGAAAACUACUUCCAUCAAGGCUCAUCAGCAUGGAAUUCACAGGCAGCUCCCAGAAACAGGAGAGUUCCCAGGCAAAUGGACCUCUUGUCUGCAAAAGGAGUUGCUUUCCUGUUGUUUUCCUGUGGGCAAAGGUGACUGGUAAAGUUUUGCAAAGCUGUGUGUGUAUAAUACUGACCAGGGGGGAAAUGAUAUCUCUUGAGGUUUUGUGCAGGACACUCAAGGUUUUCAUCUGUGAACUCUGUGACUUGGAGAGAUCCUUGGCACAGGUACUAAUUAUGGAUAUAACCAGGUGGCAGCUUUUCUUAACAGCUAGUCAAAAUCAUCAUUAUCAAAACUGGGAAGGAUUGUUCUGGCAAAGAAACAGCUCCUGUGUCCGGUGAUUAUCUGUACAGGGAAAUUAUCCUGCCACAUUAUAAAAUGGUUUAUAAAAUUUCUUUAAGCGUGGCUGCUUGGAAUUGUAUGUCUCACAAACAAACUUUGGGAGGAUACAAGUCCUACUUUACAGAGCUGGAAAACAUGAGAGAAAAUUGGUUGAUUAUAAAUAUACUAAGGAGUAAUGAAGAAACUUUCAUACACCAGACUCUUUAUUUUUCCUCUUUUAUAAUUAUUAGUCUUGAUGACUUGUGUUCACUGUAUACUCCCCACUCUUGCUCCAAUUUGUGCAAGUGAUAUAGUACAAAUAAAUAUAAAGGUGUCAUGUUGAUUGAGAUGCCUUUCAGAGUAUCAUACAUAAAUAAUUCUUUGUCCUGUGUAGAGUGUGGGAACUAAAGUAUGAACAUAAAAACUUGGAAUAGAAGUAGGAAGAAAGAGAAAAAUUCAACUCAGAAAUCUUGUUCUAUAAAGUUAAGUAAUACUUGAAAUAAAGAUCAUAUGCUCAAAACAAAAGAACUUCCCUGUGUUGCAAACCUUCUUUUCUCAACCUUUCAGUGGCUCUCAUGCCUUUCAGUCCAAUGUUCUGUGACAAGUGUGCAAGGUCUGUUACAAGUGACUUUUCAUUUUUCCAUACCUUAUGCACACAAAUAAAAUACAGUUGAAUAGCUGAGUAAUUGUGUUUUAUAUAAUUUAUAGUUAGAUCUUCUCCUUUAAGGUUCUGGCUCCAUGUUUGGGACUUAGGUCUUUGAAUAUGAAAAGCAUUUCCAUGCUUGAAUCAAAUUAGAAGUGCUCAAUAUACUAGAUUAUUUAUCUACAUAUAUUGUGUAUACAUAAAUAAAUAACCCUUAUAAGUUGUA